AUGAUGAAGAGGUCUAUGGAUGCCGUCGGUGGUCCUGAUGCCAAAAAGGCACGUUGGUCCCCCACAUUUAGUGCUUCUGCUACCUCCGCUGCGGCACCUACUACUGUUACUCGCGACGCCUUUGCCAAUUAUGGUUAUGGUCCACAUGCUCAGAUCAACCAGCCUUUCCAACCUUCAUCUCCUGCCUUCUCCAAUCAGCUUUACUCUACUCCCGAAUCUUACGAUUAA